UUCCAUUUAAUAUACUGCUUACUAAUGUGAGUCUGCCUCCAAAUGAUAAAUAUUGCUUUUUCCAUGUAUUUAGCUUGUUGGUAUAUCUAUCCAGUACUCCCUGCCAUAUUCUUUGGUGAUUUUUGUUAGCACCCAAAGGUUGUCCCAAAUAAGUUGCAGACAACUUCUCUACCUUACAUGCCAGAACUUCAGCUAAAUGGUAAUAGUGUUGCAUAAAAUGAAACAAAGAGAGUGAUAUUUUAGUUAGAUAAGGCUAGUCAUUGCAUUGUGUGUAACAGUAAUAGGGACGGGUUUCUAAAUAAGCUAUUGGUUUGUAAUUUAACAGACUUCUAUUGAAUUGAUGGUUUUUAAUUAAGCAUGAAUUUCCUUUUGGACUUGUCUGUUAGUUUUGUGUGAGGAUUGGUUUCUUUGUGUUUUGGUACAACGGUUAUGAUUGUUGUUAUCUCAAUGAGAAAAUGGAGCGUCCGACCCUUUUUCUUGGCUGAGUUUUAAGAAAAUUGAAAACUUUUUAUGCGGGGUUGGAUUGAUUUCUUAAUUGAUUAUAAAAGAGAUUGUAAAAUCCUUUUUCUUGUUGUUCAUCAAGAGGUUGAUCUGAAUUUUCUGUUAAUUUUACCAAUGGUGUAGAUGCAUUCCAUAUUGAUACAGAAAACCUAACCAAUCAUCUACAGUACAGGGGACCUAAAUUAAUGAUUUGAAAUUCUUAUUGAUCAGCUCGCAGUGGAGUCCAAGAUGAAUUUUCUCUAAGUACAGUUCCAUCCAAUGGUCUGUUCCAUUUUGUUCCCUAUCUGGAGCAUUGGCAAUAUUCUUAAUCAUUCUUCGACUGGUAUUCUUUUUUUUAAUUAUUUUUUUUGCAAUGAAAUUACAGGAUGAUUGAGAAACUGAUGAGGCAUUUGACGAUGUAUCUUUAUGAGAGACCUUUGAGGAAUCUGGGUAAUUGGUGUGGUUGAGGUUCAGGAAUUCUUAGGUAAUUGGAGUUUCAAGAGCAAAAGCAAAGGCACCAUGGACAUAUAUCGGUGAGUCUGCAAUCUGCCUAUCUGAACUACCGUGAUCAUGAAUCACUUGGAUUUCGGAAGAAGCAGAUGAUUGGCCAGAGAAAACUAUCCGCGAAUAUAUAUAGGAUGAUUGGGAAAUUGGAGCCAUUAGAAGAUGUAGCUUUACGAGAGACCCUUGAGGAUUCUGGGGUAAUUGGAGUUUCAAGAGCAAAAGCAAAGGCACAGUUCAUGAUGGCCCUAUAGUUGAAAUAUAGUGAAGCAAGGGAAGUAUGUGUGCAUUCUUGGAUGAAGGCAGCUUUAGAUUUCAUUGCUUCUAAGCUGACAAAGAGAAAUAAAGAAGAAGAGCCACAUUCAUGCCUUUUCAAGGAGCUGUCUUAUGAACAGACAAUUGGUGCUGUACCUAAUCCCAUGUUUUAUGAAGAACCAAAUAAAAAUCUCUCAAACUGCUGCAAUUUUUUACUGAGUCUAGAUGGUCUCACAAAAAGUUCCUCAAAUUCUGGAAUACUACACCCCAAGCUAUCCGGUGGACAGUUUGGACAGAAAAGAACAAUGGAGCUUUUGAACAAUGGAGCUUUUGAAGGCGACAAGAGAAACAUUCUUUGUCUUGAGGUUACUUUUUGUUUGCUAGUUUUUAUACAGCGUAUACAUGCCAUGUUAGACGUGUUCUUGGAAUUGCACAACUUGAACUCAACUGCUUGACAAGGCUAUUAGACAAACUGGAACAGGAAAGUUCGCAGAAACAGAAUGGAUUGAAUCAGAUGGAAUGGGAAUUACAGGGGUAAUUUUUAGUGUUAAAGUUGACAUAUGUUUUAACACCGGAAAUAUUAUAUACUCCUGCCCAUGGAAAAGGAUAUGAAGCUUGCUUAACACAAGACAACUUGACGAAGAGAGGAUUUGAACUUUGCAAUGGAUGAUUUCUAUGUAAAGCAGAGACAGAGAAUGCAAAACUUUUGUUGAUGCACUGUGUGGUAGCCACGGAUAUGUUGAGUACGUUCUUAAACAUUUUGGAGUUCAAUGGGUAAUAGUGUCAAACACUCUUAAGAAGGCUUUGGUUAGCUGGUUCCUAUGAAAACAGUCUUUUCAUUCAUAAAAAUUUAAAAUGUAGCGUUGCCAGUUUGUCCUCUUCGAAUUGAAAAUCUGUCCUCUAUCAGCCUGGGAUAUUCUCUUGACACAUUGUCAACUCUUCGUAAUCCAGGACAAUUAUGAUAGGGGAAGCAAAGGCCAGAGGCAAAAUGCAGUGUAUGUGCUACGGGUUCAACUGAAAUUUUCAACACGGAUAUAGAUAUUAUGUAUGAACUGUGUAAGGUAGAUUAAAUAUUUAUGACUAUAAAAGUACAGUUGAAAACCACA